AUGUCUCAUUCAAUCCCACCUCGCAAACCACACCGCACCCAAAGCCACACCGCCUCAACACCAGCAGCAUCCUUCCCAAGCACCCCAAUACCAGACCGCGCCCAAGUUCCCGACUACAUCUCCCACGACGAAGCCAUCAUCCACAUCUCCCCAACAAAAGCACGAGUCCAACAACAAGUCCAACACGAAAUCACUCAAAUCACAUCAUGGCUGGAAGAUCUUCUAGGUACAGCGCCUGGAGAAGUGCCGGCGCAUCUACUCAAGUGGCAGGAUGAGGUAUCAAGCGCUUCGAGUGGUGCGGAUGUCGGAUUGUUGGGGUUUGGAAGUGGUCGUGCUGGGAUAGGUGGUGUAAGCUCUACGAUGGGACGUGAGACAAGUGAGGUGCUGGUGGCGCUGAAAGCUCUAAGGCAGGUGAAUCUGGCGGCGGAUCACUUGAAGUCACUCGUCGAUAAUGUGAAGGCUGAGGAGGUGCAAUGGCGUCAACGUGAGCAGGACCUAGCGGAGCAGCAGAAGAAUGAGGGUAUGCCUGCUAGACUUCUCAUGGCUGGUUUACGGAACGGUCUAGCAUGUGAGGGACAGGAUGCAUUGAACGCACUGAGUUCUAGUGUCGUUAUGCUUGGGGUUGAUCUGAAUGAGUCUGAAUGCGAAAAUGGCGAAGAUCUGGCGGGCCUUGUUACAGCAAGACUCUUCAAUCAUGCACAACGUCAGCUAGUGCUCCGGCAACAGGUUGAAGAGCUGCAAGUGCUGGCAAGGACGGCCAGCGCAACAACGCACUUUCAGUACUCUAAAAGCGGGGAUAUGGAGGACACGCACGAUGAGGAAUUUGAUCAUACCCGUGUACAGACGGCACAAAUGAAUCGGGACACCAAGCAGAUCAAUCUCAAGGUAAUGGAGUACGAGGAAAGAAUCAAGGGCAUAGAGAGACAACUUUCCACCUUGCGAAAUGUCCACCCAAGAGUUCAACAUGUCCUUGAUGUUCAUAAACGUGUGUUAGAGCGUACCUCUCAUGUUCAAGCUCUACAAGUACGAUUAGCUGCAUUCGGAAAAUCCUCAUGA